UGGGCACCUAUAAAAAGGACAACCCCGAUUUGCAAAUUCCCAAAACCCUAACACUAAACCCUGCACCAGUCUCUACUCAACUUUCAAAUGGCCAUGUACACCGUCCUACGUCGUGCCACCGCCGCCGUAAUUCCUCUGGCUGCUCGCCGCACGGUGGCUUCUUCUUCUUCCAGAACCUUCCACAGCGCACUCUCUGUCAAACUCCUUCCUCACCAAGAGAUGACUCCUUUUGUACCCUCUCGUAGCUUCGCUAACGCCGUCGCAAAUAAGUCGUCCCCAGAUGCUAAUCUUGUUCAAGUACUUCAAUCUGAAAUCAAUUGCGCCCUCGAGGAUGAACAAGCUACUGAACAAGUUGAAAUUCCUGUUGGAUUUCCUUUUGAGAUUGAGGACAAUGCUGGAGAAAGAACUAUUCAACUAAAAAGACAAUAUGAGGAUGAAGUUAUCACAGUUAAAGUUGACAUCCCUAACAUAACACCUGAAGAAAAUGAGGGUGACGAUGCAGAUGACAAUGAGAAGAAUGAUACUGAAUCUAGCAUUCCUUUGGUUGUGACUGUUUUCAAAGGAAAUGGAGUGUCCCUAGAGUUUGGCUUGACUGCUUUCCCUGACGAGGUUUCGAUCGAUAGCUUGUCAAUUAAGAAGCCCGACGAUUCUGAAGAUGAGCUGGUAUACGAGGGACCUGAGUUCACUGAUUUGGAUGAAAAUCUGCAAAAGGCUUUCCUCAAGUAUCUUGAGAUCCGUGGGAUAACAGCCGGCACAACCAACUUUUUGCAGGAAUACAUGUUUAACAAAGACAGCAAGGAAUACUUAUUGUGGCUGAAGAAAGUGAAGAGCUUUGUCGAGUAAAAAAGAAAUGAUCUGUAAUACUUUUGAGAUUGAUAUUUGAUGUCAAAAGCAUGUUAUGUUACGUAUCAUGUUACGAGAGUUACUUAAGGAAGCUAAUAACUUUUGAAAAACCAGGAUUGUGUUAGAUUGAUAUUUAUAGUUUUACUUCGCCCUUCAAUCAAUAUAAGAGUCUCUGGGUGGUUCUCA